CUUGGCGAGGAUUGUGUCGCCUUUCGCACAGGAAGCUUUGCGUGCGUGCGUGUGUGCACUCCGACUUGUACGUCAGAGUUGUCAUUGGAGGAAUAAGUUGAAGUGGGACCUCUGGCAUCCAUCUGUAGGCCUGACGUUAUCCGGGGAAAAGGGUGGCUAGACAUAUAAACAACAUACCUCCGCACAUGUUUGUCCUGCACACAAGUAAACGUAAUAACAUAGCGGAUGUAAACGUACUGUCCUCUAGCCAUGUGGGAACGUCUUUCCCUCUACCAGGCCAGGCUGGAAGGAAUGUAGGACGAGUUUUAUACCUGAGCAAGACAGGCAGAAAGGGUUAUCAUUCAAAAAGAAACAAGGCCCUCCCAGCCCACAUAUCACUGCUAAUUAAAAGUGACUGCCUUUGGGGCACUCGCUUUAACUGCCAAACCCCUUAAUUAUUUGCAGGGGGAGAUUUUAAUCCGGGUAGCCUGCAGCCGACAGCAGGAAGCCAGCAAAGUUUGUGGCCAACAUGUGGUGGUGGCUCCUCCCUCCUUGGCCGGGAGAUUGGUUCGGCCCAAAUUACAAAUAAAUUGCUCAGCACACGCACAGCAGCUUUAUUCAGGUGCCACACCAAGUUGGACACAGUGCCAAGCUCCCACCACUCGGGCAAGCUCCAGGAUUUCUGUAGGAGUUCACCCUGUGUAAAAGGGGGCAUUUCUCCACAAACGGCCGUGCUGAUUGAUUUACUGGUCGCCGGUUCAACCAUUUGAAGACAAGGCACCAGCUCUCCACUCCGCUGACUUUCCUCAACACUGCCUUUGAAGGUUUGUUAUUCCUUGGUUGCCAGUGGUCCAUGGAACUUGUAUACAAUCUUCUCCCCGAGUCGUGAUCCAAGAUGGCUUAUUGGAAGGAGGCGUUGGUCGUGCUCGUCGUGCUUCUGGAGUGUGGUGACAUCUCGGCGUGUCCCGCCAGGUGCGAGUGUACGGAGGACCACGUCGUGAACUGUGGCUACCAGCGCCUCACGUCCCUCCCACAGAACAUCCCCGAGGACGCCGUCAACCUCUACCUGCACCACAACAACCUGCAGUACGUUCCUCGCGGUGCCUUCAGGAACCUGCGACGCCUGGAAGGACUGGCCCUCACCUACAACCGAGUCAGCCAGAUCGAGCCAGGUGCCUUCGAGGGCCUGACAAACCUGCAGAGCCUGUAUCUGGGCUACAACCUGCUCACAAACAUCUCCGGCUGAUGUAUUCCGGGGGCUGAGCAACCUUGACUUCCUGGUUCUCAAUGGAAACGUGGGGCUGCAGUUGAACAACAGGCCAUUUGUGGACCUACGGAACUUGGGU